UAUCUUCCCCUCUGACCUUUACACAAAAACACACACACACAGUCGCCGUUAUCAAAAACCCUAAUUACAAUAAUAAUGUCAUUAAAAUUCGGAAUGGCCGGCGGCAUACCGGAACGUCGUGUCCGUCCAGUUUGGGACGCCAUCGAUUCCCGUCAAUACAAAAACGCUCUCAAACUCUCCACUUCUUUACUCUCCAAAUUCCCCAGCUCUUCUUACGCUCUUGCGCUUAAGGCUCUUAUUUUGGAGAGAAUGGGUAAAUUGGACGAAGCACUAUCUGUCUGUAUCGACGCUAAAGAUCUGCUGUAUAAGAAUGACUCGUUCUUGAUUGAUGAUCUCACACUAAGCACAUUGCAGAUUGUUUUUCAACGGCUAGAUCAUCUGGACAUGGCUACUAGUUGUUAUGAGUAUGCAUGCGGAAAGUUUCCGAACAAUUUGGAACUGAUGAUGGGACUGUUCAAUUGUUAUGUUCGGGAAUAUUCUUUUGUGAAGCAACAACAGAUAGCCAUUAAAAUGUAUAAAAUCGCUUGGGAAGAGCGGUUCUUGCUCUGGGCAGUUUGUAGCAUUCAGUUGCAGGUAUUUUGUGGCGAUGGUGGAGAGAAGCUUUUGCAGUUAGCCGAAGCUUUACUUAAAAAGCACAUUGCUUCGCAUAGUUUGCAUGAGCCUGAAGCUCUUAGUGUAUAUAUUUCUCUAUUGGAACAACAAGCAAAAUAUGGGGACGCUUUAGAAAUCCUUUCUGGGAGCUUAGGAUCACUCAUAAUGAUUGAAGUUGAUAAACUACGGAUGCAGGGGAGGCUUCUUGCUCGGGCAGGUGAUUAUGGUGGAGCGACAGAUAUAUUUCAGAAGUUGUUGAAAUUGUGCCCUGAUGAUUGGGAGUGCUUCCUUCAUUAUUUUGGUUGUUUGCUCGAAGAUGACUGCAGUUUCCCCAGUGGUUCUAAUAGCUCAUCAAUUCAGGUUUCAACAUUGAUGGGCUGCCAACAUAGACACUUGGCUGAAGAUUUGUUUGAUUCUCGUAUAUCAAGAGCUUCUGAGUUUGUCGAAAGUCUAAUGACAGAAGUAGGUAGUGAUUCUAUAAGAGGCCCGGGUUGGGCAAAUCUUGAAAUUGAAAGGAGGAAGAUGAUAUAUGGGAAGGGUAAUGCUGACAAGCUCAUGGAGAAUCUUAUUAUAUACUUCUCCAGGUUUGGUCAUUUGGCCAGCUUCACAGCUGACGUGGAGGUCUUCCUUCAAGUGCUACCUGGUGACAUGAAAAAGCAAUUACUAGAAAAUUUGGUUAAAAUCAUUGCUUCUUCUACCCCUUCAAGAAGUGUUCCUGGGCAACAUAUAACUUUCUUUAAAAUACGUGAACUAAUAGGUGACACAUCCUCACUUCAUGUCAAAGACCUUGUCGGAUUUGCAGUUCAAAUGACCGAAAUGUAUUGUCAUAACCUUCCGCUUUCAAAGGACCUGGAUGUACAAGAAAGUAUGCAUGGUGAAGAAUUUUUAUCCAUGACAUGUAAUGUGCUAGUUCAGUUAUUCUGGCGUACCAAAAACGUUGGCUAUUUGUUGGAAGCUAUUAUGGUGUUGGAGCUUGGUUUGACAGUUCGAAGAUAUGUGUGGCAGUACAAGAUUUUAUUGAUACACUUGUAUUCGUAUUGGAAUGCUCUUCCGUUAGCAUAUGACUGGUACAAAUCAUUGGAUGUAAAGAACAUCCUCCUGGAAACCGUGUCACAUCAUAUUUUUCCCCAAAUGCUAACGUCAUCCCUGUUGGGAGAUGUUAAUGAUCUUUUGAAGGGUUACUUAAGAUUCAUGGAUGAUCACUUCAAGGAAUCUGCAGAUCUUACUUUUCUUGCAUAUCGUCAUCGAAAUUAUUCAAAAGUAAUUGAAUUUAUUCAAUUUAAGGAGAGAUUACAACGAUCCAAUCAGUAUUUAACUGCAAAGGUUGAAGGGUCAAUACUAGAAUUAAAGCGGAAAGCAGAUAGCUUUGAAGAAGUAGAAUCUGUACUUGGAAGCCUGAAUUAUGGAAGUGACUUUCUUGAGGUUUCAAGUGACAUUCGGUCAAAGAAGUUGACUUAUAAUGAAGAUCUAAAGUUACGACCUUGGUGGACCCCAUCAUUCGACAGAAAUUAUCUUUCUGAACCAUACAAGGCGAUUUCGUCUUAUCCUAAGGAAAACUUGCGGGAUGAAGUUGAACAAACAGAAGAAAAGGUUAUGAGAACAAUUGAGAAAAGGUUACUACUACCACGGUUGAUCUAUUUGUCAAUAAAAUGUGCCUCAUCUUCGAUAAAGGGAAAUUUCAACCUCAACGGCUUUGAUUCUAAAGACUCCUCAGAGCUCAAGUCCUUGCUUGAAUCCUAUUCAAAAUUUGUAGGGCUUCCCUUCCAGGAUGCAACAGAACUUCUUGUUGCUGUUUCUUCUGGUAAAAAGUCUUUUGAGGAUUUUUCUUCAAACCUGAUUGACUGGAUGAACUUUGCUGUGUUUUUUAAUGCAUGGAACCUGAAUUCUCACAAGGCAAAUACUUCAGAUGGGUACAUGUUCCCUAUUAGUUGGCAAGUAUUAUGUACUUUGUUAGAGCAAUGCAUUUCUGCAAAAAUAAAUUCCACAAAAUCAUUGCUAUCUUCUCCUGGAACCGACCUUUCCAUUUUGAUCCAGUUAGUGACGGAGCCAUUAACAUGGCACAGUCUCAUUAUUCAAUCUUGUGUCCGGGCAUCUCUUCCAUCAGGAAAGAAGAAGAAGAAAGGCGGGUCUUCUGACCAGUCAAACACUCAACUCUCACAUGCCAUCAAGGAUUCCGUCUCAUCACUAAUUGACACAAUAGAUCUGGUUACUAAAUGGUUGAAUGAACAAAUUAAUAAGCCAGUUGAUGGAGAUGUUGACUUCUUGCUUUCGUCUCUUCAAAUAGAACAAAGCGACGAUGGGCCUGGAAAAGUAGUCAAAGUACUUGAAAAUUUGGUGUCAACGGUUGAUGAUUUGGAAGUCGGUGAGAGGAUUUCUCGGGCACUAAGGUCAUGGAGUCAUGUGGAUGUUGCUCGUAAGAUAGUAACAGCACAAGGAACCGCUUUGGCCGAGUUUCUUAGUAUUUGUGAGUCGAAAACCAAGGCAUUGCUGGCACUGAAACUCCAAAUAUGAGUGCACGGCAUGCUUGUUGACGAUUCUUGUACACUAGUUGUUACGAUUAGUGAGUUUUUGUUUUUCGUUUUUUCGAGGUUUUAUUUUAGGUUUCACAGGCUUUUUUUGUAUGAGAAGAAAUUUUGGCUACAUAAUCUCUCAAAAUUUGUUGUAAAUUGAUUGCAUUUCAUGUAUUGUUCUUUUUUAGAUAUUGUUUUUAUUGGUUA